CAGGCGGCGGGCACUUCGCCGGGCCCGGGCGUCGGGGCGGGUGCCGGGGCGCGAGGCGCCGGGCCCCCUCGUGAGCCCCCGCCCCGCGCAGCCCAUUCAUUCCUCCUUUGGCUCCACAAGUGUUUAGGGGGCCCCUCCGAGCGCCGAGGGGGGCCAGGACGGAGACGUGGGGCCCCAGUUCUCCUAGGGUUUGCGGGCAUUCCUGUCGGAAAGGCAGCCAGCAAGCCGGGAAACUGAGGCACACGCGACCAGAAGUUGUGUACUUGCUGGGAACGACCGGGAUUGAAUUUUUUUUUUUUUAUACUCACAUUCCCUGUUGAUGUAUAAGCGCUAGAGAUGAGUUUCUUUCACCUGAGCUAGUACCUUGGACAAACCGGGUGUCCCUCUUGAGAAUGGCUGACUGGAUUUGUUCUGUGUGCCUAUCUCCUGCCUGAUCAAGGCUGUCAGACAUUGAGUAAUCACCUUUUCUUUAUUAAACAGGGACAUGGAGAUCUUUAACCUGACACAUCAUUUUAUAUGAACAUUCCAGGUUUUCUGUGACAAAUGAACCGCAGCUGAUGCUAAGUACCAGUGAUAGGCUGAAACAUGUUCUGCAUCAUAGAAGCCUAAAUUAAACUUUUUCAUCCUGUUCAUAGGAAAAGAGUGCUUUUUAUGCCCAAGGAGGCGCAUUACCCACCAGAACAGUUUAAGCUUAUAUCCCAGGCAUAUGAAGUGCUUUCAGAUCCAAAGAAGAGGGACAUUUAUGACCAGGGCGGCGAACAGGCGAUUAAGGAAGGAGGCUCAGGCAGCCCCAGCUUCUCUUCCCCCAUGGACAUCUUUGACAUGUUCUUUGGUGGCGGAGGACGGAUGGCUAGAGAGAGAAGAGGCAAGAAUGUUGUACAUCAGUUGUCUGUAACUCUUGAAGAUUUAUAUAAUGGAGUCACAAAGAAAUUGGCUCUCCAGAAAAAUGUAAUUUGUGAGAAAUGUGAAGGCGUUGGUGGAAAGAAGGGAUCCGUGGAGAAGUGCCCGGUGUGCAAGGGGCGAGGGAUGCAGAUUCACAUCCAGCAGAUCGGGCCAGGCAUGGUGCAGCAGAUCCAGACCGUGUGCAUCGAGUGCAAGGGCCAGGGCGAGCGCAUCCACCCAAAGGACCGCUGCGAAAGCUGCAGUGGUGCCAAGGUGAUCCGAGAGAAGAAGAUUAUCGAGGUGCACGUGGAGAAAGGUAUGAAAGAUGGGCAAAAGAUACUAUUUCAUGGAGAAGGAGAUCAGGAGCCUGAGCUGGAGCCUGGCGAUGUCAUAAUUGUGCUUGAUCAGAAGGAUCAUAGUGUCUUUCAGAGACGAGGCCAUGACUUGAUCAUGAAAAUGAAAAUUCAGCUUUCUGAAGCCCUUUGUGGCUUCAAGAAGAUGAUAAAAACACUGGAUGAUCGAGUCCUUGUUAUUACAUCCAAAUCAGGUGAGGUGAUAAAGCAUGGGGACCUGAAAUGUGUGCGUAAUGAAGGAAUGCCGAUCUACAAAGCACCCCUGGAGAAAGGGACUCUGAUCAUACAGUUUUUAGUUAUUUUUCCUGAAAAACACUGGCUUUCUCAAGACAAGCUUCCCCAGCUGGAAGCUCUGCUCCCUUCUCGACAGAAAGUCAGGAUUACAGACGACAUGGAUCAGGUGGAGCUGAAGGAGUUUAAUCCCAAUGAGCAGAACUGGCGCCAGCACAGGGAGGCCUACGAGGAGGACGACGACGGGCCCCGGGCCGGAGUGCAGUGCCAGACGGCAUGACGUGGCCCGGUGCGGCGUGGCCCGGCCGGACUAGCACGUGGUGAAUGUAAAGUUGGCACAAUGAACAUGGCGUCGCUUUAAUGGCCUCGUGUUUGGGGUGUCCUGUGUAUGUGUUCAGCAUUCUCAACUGCUGAGUGUCUUUUUGGUUUUUCUUUUGGUUGUAACUUAAGUUAUAGCUUAAUUUAUAUUUAAAUGUUUUAAGUGUAAAUCAUCUCUAGUCUGCAUAUGGAAUCUGUUUAUUUACAUUUUCAGGAUAUUUUUGAGAUGCCAGUUACCGCACUGACACUUUGAGCUUCUAGUGGCUUUGCCAUAAUUCAGUUCUACCAAUAAAGCACAGCCCAGACAGCAGCACUCAGCCCCCAGCAAACCUCCAGGCCUGAAGUGGGCAACCUGGCCCACGUCUAGCUCUGCGGUUUCUUUCCCUCCCCACCUACCUCCCAUGGCAAAGUUACUGAGGGCAUGAUCUCAGGGCUGCUAAUGUGACAUUUCUGAAUCUAGAUUCUAGAUGAUUCUCCUCAAGAAUAAAAGCACAUCUGUGGGUUGGACCUGGCUGCAGGUCCAACUUGGUUCUUACUGUCCUGUGCCCUUGAAUGUUUGGAACGAGGUGUGAGUGUGUCCGACCAGCUCUCGUGGAAGCUUCCUGAACCUUCCAUGCCUUGUGAGGACAAACCAGUGUUUUAAAUGAAACACUGAUUAAACUGUUUGCCUGUGACCCCUGCACCUUGUUUUUUGUUGUUUUAUUUUCCGUUGACAGCCUUUGCCGUGCUCUCCCACCCAAGUGCUUACUUGUAAAGAAAAUGAAACCAUUCAUGUCCCCAGCAGCCUCCGUGCAGCAACGGAAGCCAUGGGAGAUGCUGGUGGUUCGGCCCUGCGGCACAGCUAGCUUCCCUGUCUGCCCAGUGAUCCUGGGCAUCUCAGUGCUUUCCACUUCAUUCUCCCAGAUUCAGCUCGCUCCCAAAGGAUGGUUCCUCUCCUUGCACAGCCAUAUCACAAAGGGCUUCCUGUUCAAGGGAUCAUGUUUUAGUGAGAACUAAAGUUCUACUCUGGACUGCAGUCUGUCUGGACCACCACUGUAAAUGAUAACUUGUUUGGAGGGAUAUCAGCCAUUCAUUUACUCCUGACAGGUAGACUACAAUUUAAACUUAAGGUUACCUCAACCUUUAGCCAUUACUGCUCCUUUCCUUCCCGCAACAGUCAUGAAGAAAAACUGCUGCCUUCUAAGCUGCUGGGUUAAAGCAGAAGCCACUUUUCAGAUCCACCCUUACUUGGUUAUACAGAAUCUGAGAGUUUGACUUAGACCGUGGACCUACCCAGGAGGGCCAAAGGGCAGAUCAGCCCCAUGGCAGGUAGGUCCAGCAGAUGGACCAGGCUCCAGCCCAACAUUGCUGGCUAGUGGGUGGGCAUAAUUUGCUCAAAAUAGGUAUAGAAAGAGCCCACCUGUCCCACUUUGGCCAUUAGUUAGGAAAGAUAAAACCUCUUCUUCCAACGAAGCCUAUAUGAAAAUCAAUUUACAGAUGGACCACAACUCCAGGGUGUUCUGUUUCUGUGCUGUGACUUCCUAAAAAAUUAUUGCUAGAAAACGACUGUCUAGUUGAUGAUAAGGCAAAAUUACAGUCAGCUCCUUGUCAUGUAAAUGGAAUUUGGAGGGUGUUGCUUAACAUUUAUUCCACCUGUACAUUUGUCACUUUAAAAUUAAAACCAAGCUGGUAUGAGAGACAGAUGGUUUUGGUUUUUUUUAAAUUUAAUUUUCUUG